AUGAGCGACUAUUAUCACCACUUCCUCACCUCGAUGGCAGGUGUCGGAGGAGACCCUAGUCUAAGCCAACAUGGCGCUUCGAUACCUGUGCAACAAGCCCCAGUAUUAAGCUUGGGGACGACCGCUUACCAAAACCUCGGCGGUUUUUUCAACGGAUAUGCGGAGCCUAUCAUGUUCAGUGCACCUAAGGCUCAAAGAAGCCGUCGCAAGUCUGCGCCUGGAUUGGAUCACAUCAAACAUCGACGCACGAGGUCAGGCUGCUAUACUUGCAGGAGCAGGCGAGUCAAGUGUGAUGAAACCCACCCUGUCUGCGAGAGAUGCAGAAAGGGAAACCGAGAGUGUGUCUAUCCCGAACCAGCACCACCCAAGGGAUCCGUGAAAGAUUCAUCAGGCCAGAGCCAGCAGGAGAGCCCUACAUCUUCUCGCGGGGAUGACGAUGACGACGAGACUGGACACGAUGGAUCAUUGACACCGAUAAUGGAUGAGGAUGAAGAAGAAGAAGCCGAAAGCGCAACAAUGCAAUCCUCAACACCGACCAUUCCUCCAACUCCUUUAAGCGCACCGGCAACAUCACUAAGUUUCAACCAUGGAUCCAUGAACGCUAGGCAGGGGCUAGAGGGGGACGUACAGUUCUAUCUCAACUACUACCGUGACAAUAUCACGCACUAUCACUACUCCGUGGUGAAUGACCACGACAACUUUUUCCAGGAGAUGUUGACUGAAUUGGCAAUUCAGGACGAGGGCCUUCUCUAUGCCGUGGUCGGGUUUGCAGCCUACCAUUAUACUCUACAGAGUCCGAUAGGAGAGAUCAAGGACUUCUUGCAUUUUUAUAACCGCAGCGUUACUCUACUGCUGAGAUUCUUGAAAAGAAAAGAACGCCAUACGGAGAUGACGCUAUUAACCAUCCUACAACUUGCCACCAUUGAGGAAUACCUCGGCGACUGGGUCAACCUCAUGGGCCAUCAGAAGGCUGCCCUAGAAGUACUGACCGAAUUGUACACGCCACAAACGGUCAUGCAGACUGUUGUAGGGCGCAUGAUUCUGACGUGGUAUACACGGUUCGACGUGUUUACUGGCAUAAUGGCCAGCUCCGAAACUAUGCUUCCUCGGGAAUGGUUCACAGCUUUUGUCGAUUACUACGAGGUUCGAGCGGCAGAAAACCCUGACGAACUAUCCUACAAAACCGAGGUGUGUUCAGGGCGACUACGCAUGAUAUCAAUGGAGAUGUCACUCUUGUUCGGGAGAAGCGCCAGGCAUCAAGUGACCGAAGAAGAGUAUACCGCCGAGCACCGUCGAUUAUACAACGCCCUCCACGAGUGGAAAAACAGCUGGGAUCCUGCCUUGGUAAAUCCAGAGUUCCUCGUAGCUGAUGUAUCGAUGAACGGAGCCUCAGACACGGAUCGAAUCUUUCAGCCACUCACACCAGGCUUGCUUUUCCGGCCUCCCCUCUUUACCUCGACGCUCUUGACUUGCGAAUGGAAUUCGAUUACCCUGAUGCACGGAAGCCAGGGCACGUCAGACCCCUCGAGCGAGACUCUGGAGAAGUUGAGGGAACACGCAUAUGUGAUAUGCCAGAUUUGCGAGGCAGUCGAGACCUGGCCCCUUAGUCCUGCGGGGAGCCUGAUAAUUCUGCAACCAUGUCUCGGUAUCGCUGCGUUAUUUGUUCCCCAGGAGGAGGCCUACCAGCUCUGGAUCAGGAAGAAAUUCGCAUUGCUCGAAAGAAUGGGGUACAUAUCACCCGGAACAAUGCGCCUAAGAAUGGCGGAGCUCUUCCGUGACGGGAGCUGUCUCCGUUGGUGGUUACCGAACGACGAAGGAUUCACGCCCAUGCUGCAAAGCAUCCGGGCCUUUGCAGACGAGCGAAACGCGAUGGCUGUGUCGACACAGAGCGAGAAUUUGCGACAGAUACGUUCCGUUUUCUCCAGGAUGAAUAUUCGACGAGCAGCCAUGGACCAGGGCGAGGGCCAGUUGAGCGAUGGGGUCAAUACUAUGCUUUUGGAAUAAGAAGAGUGUAGAUUGACAGGACAGGACAGGACAGGACAGUACCGGACAGGAGAAUCGUUUGCGUAUUGAAUUCCGUGUCCCAUCGGCCGAGCUAUAUGAACCUAAUAAGGCUACGACCGCUGUUACGUUCCAGAUUGGACGAUUGUCGUUUCGUCGCUGCGGCUUAUACACUAAUCAGUAGCCCUUGCGAAUUAAGAGAUCAAUCGAUUCAGACACAGCGACAAGAGGACAGUGAAGGGACCAACAAUACAACCCAGCAACUUUU